CAAAAACGCUAGAGGUGGAUUGCUGAACACAAAGAUCCAAUCAAUAGAAGCACUAUCAAGAUAUCAAGACUCUACUAAGGUCACCAUAAGGCUGUAGCAGUGGUAGUGGACAAGCAAGAUGGAGGACCUCAAAUACAGAGGACAAAAAAGAGAGGGAAGACACAGGGACACAUGGGAUCCAUUCCAGCUGAACCCAGUCGGAGCUGAGAAGGAAAGUAAGAGAAGAUGUUUCCAACUUGCCCAGUAUCUGGUAGCUGUUAUUGUGGGGUUAGCUGUCUUGACCACUGCUGUCCUCGCUAAGGGCUCUCUCUUGGCGUUGUCAACGCUGUCCAGUCCGACCUCCAUGCGCAGCCCAAAGGAAAAACAGUUCUACAUGCUGAUGUUGGUUUUCUGCCUGGUUUGCCCCAACUUCCUGGUGUUUCUUAAAUCGCUGUGGAGAUGUGCCUUCAAAAGCUUUGUACAGCCCAACUUGAAGACCAUGUUAUUUAUUUGUGCUGUGGAGUGUCUGGUAUCUCUCGGCACUUCAGUCCUGGUGCUAGUUGUCAUGCCUCAGUUUGACGUGUUGACUAAUCUCUUCAUCAGCGGGGGAGUCUGUAUUGUAGCUGCCAUUCUACAGAUUGUAUUCAGACUACAGAGAGAAACGUGGAAGAUCGUGUUCCCAAUAUGCUCCCUCAUUCUCACAGUUGCAGGUUACUGUCUCCUGGGAAUUGACUACUAUGUUCGUGUAUCAUCAUAUGUGGAUAGACAGAGCACCGACUGCUUUGUUUAUGUUGGAAUUGGAAUUUUCUCUUCCCUCCUUAUCUCACUUUGUUGGUGGGAAAAUCCACUGCAAGCUACUAACCGCAUGCAGGAUACGUUGUCAGAAUUGGAUGGUUUCAGGGACUUUGUGUUUGUCAUCAGCAGUAUUCUGAGGAUAAUUGUGAUAGGAGCGGUAUACCUGUUUUACCAUUUGCUUAUUCAGAAAUCUAUCCCCUGGUUGGACUUUAAUCUGCAGAAGGACUGGGAGUUACUGCAAAUAGGACUGGGGCUGCUUUUCUUACAGGCCUUCUGCUCAGCAGCCUGCCAUUGGUUCGGGGUGGUGGCCUGUAAGAUUCAUGCAGUCAGAAUGAGUUUUGCAGUGCCACUAUGUUGCACAGGACCCGCAGUGCUACUGUUGGGACUGAUACUUUUCAUUACACAGGCACAAAAAUUGGACGGAGCAAAGCAGGGGACCAUCACAGAGUUUUGUGAAAGCUUGGUCUACCUGAGCCAUAAGAACACAACCCCUGUGGUAUUACUUGAGAUUACCAGGAGCAUUUGUCGGACUUCACUUAACAGCUAUUACUUGCAAUGGCCUUUUUCAAUGCUGGCCCUGGAGGGAGUGUGUAUGUGGUCAGGCUUCGUCACAUGUACCUACUAUGUAUGGAAGAUCAAGGUCCAGCGUAUAGAGAGAACCUCUCAGCUCUUUGUUCGUCGACUCUAUGAGUCUGCUUUCAUUGACCUGUCUCUGCUACUCAACACCAAGAUGAAGGUGCCACGAGCCCGAAACCAAGAGAGCCACGAUGAAAUACAGAAAUGUGUGAUCUAUCUUUGUGCCACAAUGUGGCAUGAAACCUAUGAUGAAAUGCUGAAGAUUCUCACCUCCAUGUUCAGGUUGGACCGCUAUCGAGGCGAUCCAAAGGAGGAUCAUAAGGACUGUUUUGACUUUGAGUGUCACAUUUAUGUGGACGAUGCCUUCAUGACUGAAAAGGACACAGGGAAGAGGCUGGUCAAUUCUUAUGUUAAUGACUUGAUCCAUGUUGUCAUAGAGGUUUAUAGGGUUUUUACUAACAAAGAGCCAGAUGAUGUGUCAAUCAUUGAGACUCCCUACGGUGGCAGACUGAUGUUUAUUAUGCCAGAAGCCAACAUGCUUUAUAUUCACCUAAAAGACAAAAGUCUCAUCAGGAACAAGAAAAGAUGGUCCCAGAUUAUGUAUCUGUAUUAUCUACUCGGCUGGAAGGGCUACAUCGUCAAGAACCCUCAGAAGAUACCACGCCAGAAUAACCCAUGCAGAGCCAGUUUGAUUUCUCUGGAUGGUGAGAGUUUCCUGUUGCCUCAGGAUGAAAAUGACAACAAAAGAAAAUUCAUCUCAGAUGAACACACGUAUAUCCUGGCUCUGGACGGAGACACUGACUUCCAUCCUAAAGCUGUGAUUCUGCUUGUAGACAGGUUGAGGAUGUAUGAAAAUGUAGGUGCAGCAUGUGGUAGAAUCCAUCCUACUGGUAUGGGUCCCAUGGUGUGGUACCAGAAGUUUGAGUAUGCAGUAGGCCACUGGCUACAGAAGACAGCAGAGCAUGUGUUUGGCUCUGUGCUGUGCAGUCCAGGAUGUUUCAGUCUAUUUAGAGGGUCGGCCUUAAUGGAUGACAAUGUUUUAAAGAGAUACACAACAACUGCAACAAGAGCUGCGGAAUAUGUACAAUAUGACCAAGGGGAGGAUCGUUGGCUGUGUACCCUGCUACUGCAGCAAGGAUGGCGUGUCGAAUACAAUGCUGCAUCAGAUGCAUACACCAACUCACCACAGGAGUUCAAAGAGUUUUACAACCAGAGGAGACGAUGGGGACCCUCUACACUGGCUAAUACACUGGACCUUCUGCACAAUGGUUCCGAGACAGUGAAGAGAAACUCAUCCAUCUCCAGGCUUUACAUCUUGUACCAAAUGUUCACUGUUGGUUCCUCUAUCCUUGGUCCAGCGUCUGUGACUCUCAUGAUAGCAGGUGCUUUCCAGUUUGUCUUCCAAAUCACUGGUACACUUUCAAUCAUCAUCGCAAGCAUUCCUCCCGUGUUCUACAUCAUCGUCUGUUUUGUAGCCAAGCCUAAUAAUCAAAUAACCAUUGCUGGCAUUUUGAGUGUUCUAUACGCGUUCCUCAUGACCGCAUCCUUCUUCUCCAUCAUCGGUGACAUGGUGAUUCAGGGCACCUUCCUGACCCCUACUGGCUUGUUUUUGGUUUCUAUGGCAAUCAUGUACAUGGUGACAGCCAUACUACACCCAGAGGAGUUUGGAAUGAUUAUCUAUGGUCUGAUGUAUUUCAUCUGUAUCCCCAGUGGAUAUCUCCUACUGACCAUCUACUCACUGGUUAACAUGCACAUUGUGUCCUGGGGCACAAGGGAAUCCAACAAGGGAGAAAAAGAAGUGAAAAAGAGCCAUGAUAUCCUGUGUGACAGAAACUGUAGACUCUGCUGCUGGGACAUGAAGAUACAGAUCACGCAGGAAACAGAGAAUCUGAUGCUUCAACAGAUCAAAGGCCAGGUUGCACAGCAAGCCCCUCCCCGUCCAAUCACCAACCAGGAAAUAACUCAACAGCCAGCUGCAGAGCUGGAGCCGCAAGCCAAACUUGACGCCACCGAAGAAGAAGCUGUAGAAGGGGCUGGAGAAGGAGCAAAGAAACCUCCUACUGACACACCGAACGGCAAGGCAGCAAAAGGCAAUGGCGCUGCUUCCAGUUGGAGUUAUGACGGUGAUGAAAAACAGAGCAUAUCACUGAGUGCAUCCGACGAAGAUGAUGAUGACGAGGAGGAGGAGGAUGACGAUGACUUAAUGACUUUUGGCCUCGAGGAAACAAAGGAGCUUCCUGUCAGUGACUGGGUGAAGCCGGUGAGAGAAGAGUUUUGGAAGAAGCUGACUUAUGCCAACAUGAAAAGAAAUCUACAAGAACAAAUACGAUACACACUCCGCAACAAAAAUCAGGAUGAUGUGUGUGAAGAGUUAGUCUUAAUGUUAACAGACACUCUUAAUGGAGAGCUAAGUGGAGUGGGGCCUGAAGAUAUUCUGACAGGCAGCCAGCUGGAGGAGUUACAAUAUGCACUGGCAGAGCAGGCUCGGCGUGUCCUGAAGACCAGUCGAAUGGAAAGACUAGAGAAGAGAGUAAAGAGAGCCAUCGAGAAAACACUCACCGCCCCGCAGGUGCAAAAACUAGAUGAGGGUGAGCAAGACUUCUGGAACAAAUUAAUUGAGCGCUACUUGAAGCCUAUCAUUGACACUAAAGCACAUCAGGAGGAGGUCACCAGGGAACUGAAGUCACUGCGCAACAAGGCUGUCUUCCUGUAUUUCAUCAUCAACGUGCUGUGGGUGGUAGCUACCUUCUUCCUGCAGGCAAUUGGAAAUGAUGUCAUCAGCAUCAAGAUCCCUAAAUACUACCCAAAUGGAAGUGAAUCUGGAGAAUACCUCAAGGUGGAGCCUCUCAGUUUGAUGUUCCUGUUUUCUUUUGCUAUUCUUCUCCUUAUCCAAUUCCUGGCCAUGUUAUAUCACAGGAUCUACACUUUGAUCCAUGUGGUGUCGUAUCGCACCACAGAGAAAGACUACAAACAGAAGGAUGAUGAGGAUGAUGAUUAUGGCUUGACUCUGGAGAACCACAUUGCCAAUGGACUUGUCAUUACCAGUGAUGACCUGUAGUCAGUAACAACCAAGUGUAACCGAUAACCUGACAACCAGCACACUCUGGCAUCAGAUGGUGAUGCAAAAUGAGCUUUACUUGACAAAUUAAAAUAAGGAAGUUUUAGAAUAUGAAGUCAGGUUUUUACACAAAAAGAUCGCAGGUAGUAGUAUUUUUAAUGAUCAAGUGUUUUAUUUGAAUAUUUUUUUCUUUAGAGACUUCUAUUUAUUCGAUUUCAAGUAUGGUUGAGUGCAUCAGGGCUGCAGAGUAAUUAAAUGUCCUUAACUGAAAACAUUGGUCUAAAAAUAGAGGGUGUUGUAUGGUGUACAGAGUGUACAUUACAUUGCACAAUAAUUUAGGAGGGUUGAAAACAAAACAAUAUACCAAAUUAUCAGAAAGUUUACAGAAAAAUCAGUCUCAUCUGUUUAUUUCUUAUGUGUCUGCAUCAAAAUCAGUUUUAUGUGAAUCACAAUAAUGGGCUGGAUGUAGAUGGAAGCAAAUACUUUUCAUUUUUUUUAAGAAAACGUAUAUCUGAUCUCCCUACUACUCCCUAAUACUUGAAUGCAUUACUCCCAGGAAAUAUUGCCAGUACUUCAAAGAUUUUUAAAUGCAAUAUUUGCACAUGAAAUAUUGUGAGAAUUAAUUUGGACAUUUUAUUGUUGAAUCUCGUAUUUUUUGUACUCUAAAUACUUUGUGUAAGUUACACUGAGGUGUUGCCUUCUGAAUAUUAUGUUAAGUAUGUUAUCAGUGUAAUUCAGUAUACCACCUGUAAAAAUGCACUUUACAAAGGGAGAUAAUGUUUUCAGAAAGAUGUAGGUAAAUUGCCUGGGAAACUACUGAACUGAUUCAAACAAAUGUGUGGACAAUCUCUUUGCGUCAUGAAUGAAACCCAUAACUCCAUAU